AUGAAUCCCCACCAGCAGAACAAAGUGGAUAUCAAUUCCCUGAGCCCAGAGGAGCAGCGCCUGCUGCGUCUCUAUGGCAAGAUGCCCACCAAGAAAGACGUCCUCCAAAACAAGCUUAAGGAACGCAAAUACUUUGACUCAGGUGACUACGCUCUCAGCAAAGCCGGCAAAGCCUCCGACGUAGGCGUCACCAAUAUCGGAUCCCGCCACCCAGUGCCGGAGAAUAUCCCGCACCUAACCUCAACCUCACCGGGUGUCAACAACUCUGCGAAUAAUGGAAGUGUCAGUUCCCAGGGUGGACAACAGAUUCCUGGCAGCAUCAGCGGACAUCCUGGAUCGAUCGGGUUCCAAAGCCGCAGCCCAAUUAAGGAUGGGGGUAGCUUCCUCCACCGGGGCUCCAGUCUCAGCGAGGGUGAAGCAAGCUCUGGUCUGGCCUCUGGAUCAGUGCAGGGUGAGCAGGAGCUUAGUGUCAGUCCCCCUGCUGCAAGAGAAGGUGUCCCUAUCCGUAAAUGA